AUUAUUUUAAUUGCACAUUUUUUCAUCCAACCACCAAAAACAUUAAGGCACUUCGAGUUAUCGCUCUUUAAUUUAUUAUUUUGCAAGAGUUACUGUUCUUGCUCCGUUGUUGGAUUUCCUAGGUUCAUAAAAAAUGCUGUCAACAAAACUUUAGAGCUGUUUAAUAACUGAAGACCAUGUCAUUUUAUAAAGAAUACAAAGUCUGGAACACACAACAUAAUGUUCAAAAGGAAGUGAAAGCAGAAAGUCUGGAAGAUUUGCUCAUUAAAGCAAAAGCUGAAUUUGGUAUUGAUUCUACAACGGAAGUAAAAUUAGUUUUGGAUGAAGAUGGUACCGAAGUUGAUGAUGAAGACUACUUUCAAUUUGUUUCUUCAGACACAACACUUCAAAUUUUGUUAUCAUUUCAAUCAUGGUCACCAAUCCAUUUAUUGAGAGCUUCAUAUGAUGUUUCUGAUGGACCACCGGCUUUACCUAAUGAUCUUCUUUUGCUGUUAUCUGGAAUAAAAUCUGACUUAGCCAAAUGUUUGGCUUUAUCUGACAAUCAUUUGGAGGAAAUUACUAAAAUACCUGUUUCUGACCUAGCUACUAUUUUAGUAGACAGUGAACAGUUUGCAAGAAAUUUCAAGGAGGCAUGUGAAAUGGAGCUGAUUACACGUGAGGACAAUGAUGACUUGUUACAACUAAUACGAAUGGCUGCUGAACAUCAAAAUGGAAGUGUGAAGAGACAAAAGAUUGAUAACACUGAAUCUGAUGAUUAAACUAAGAUUUUCGAAAAGUUCAUAUAUAUUCCCCCCUAUUUUUCUAAUUAAAGUGUGAAAAAAAGAAGUAAAGAAAAAAAAAAAAAAAACUAACAAAGCAUUUAUUAUUUUUUU